AUGUUAACAAAUUGUGGAAAUUUAUUGCCACAGAGAAUUGACUUUUUAACUGAAAUAUCUCCGAAAGUGAAAGAAAGUAAACACAGACAACUUUAUUGCCUUCAAAUUAUUUUGAAUAUCAAAACGUGCGACGUCGGUAAAAUGCAAUUCGUGAUGCUAAGUAUAAUGUCAAUGGCUUGCUGCGAUGUGACGACUGAAGUGAAGCUUCUCUUUCGUCUUGUAGAGUGUCGUGAAGAGAGCAUCAACGCCCAUGACAUGAUAAAAUAUCUGGUAAAAGGGAUCGCGGUUCACCAGAAAGAAGAACCUUUAAGUCGAACAUCACCCACAGCAAAAAUGAAAUCAUUGCUUUUAUUACCAUUUUGA